GCGGGGCGGGGCGGGGCGGGCGAGCUGUCCUCGGGGAUCAUGGCUGCCCUGCGCGUCCUGCUGCCCCUCGUCCGCGGCCCGCUGCGCCCCCAGCCCCGCUGCGCCGCCCUGCGCCGCUUCGCCUCGGGUGCUGACUUCCAGUACAUCAUCACGGAGAAGAAGGGGAAGAACAGCAACGUGGGGUUGAUCCAGCUGAACCGCCCCAAAGCACUCAACGCGCUCUGCAACGGGCUGAUGACGGAGCUCAACCAGGCCCUGGAGGCCUUCGAGGAGGACCCGGGCGUGGGGGCCAUCGUCCUCACGGGCGGGGAGAAGGCGUUUGCAGCUGGAGCCGAUAUCAAGGAAAUGCAGAACCAAACAUUCCAGGACUGUUACUCGAGCAAGUUCUUGAGCCACUGGGACCAACUUGCCCGGGUCAAGAAGCCGGUCAUAGCUGCCGUCAACGGCUACGCUCUUGGUGGCGGCUGUGAACUCGCUAUGAUGUGUGACAUUAUUUAUGCUGGAGAGAAAGCCCAGUUUGCACAGCCGGAGAUCCUGCUAGGAACCAUCCCAGGUGCAGGGGGCACCCAGAGACUGACCCGCGCUGUUGGAAAGUCGCUGGCCAUGGAGAUGGUCCUCACCGGUGACCGGAUCUCUGCCCAGGAUGCCAAGCAAGCAGGUCUCGUGAGCAAGAUUUUUCCCGUGGAGACCUUGGUCGAAGAAGCCAUCCGGUGUGCAGAGAAAAUUGCCAGCAAUUCUAAGAUCGUAACAGCAAUGGCCAAGGAGUCCGUGAACGCAGCUUUUGAAAUGACGCUAACGGAGGGAAACAGGCUGGAGAAGAGGCUCUUCUACGCGACUUUCGCUACCGAAGACCGGAAGGAAGGGAUGACCGCGUUUGUGGAAAAGAGAAAGGCCAGCUUCAAAGACCAGUGAGUGCCUCUGCCUCCGCCUUGAACCCUCAACUUUGAAGACAGAAAUUACGGUCUGAUGGUCUUAGAAGCAAAUAAAUUCUCUAGUAAAGGGCCCUGUAGGCCGCACGCAGUCUCUCUGACGCUCGGGGCUCUCGCUCUCCUGAGUGGGGGCGGUCUUCACCCGGUGGUCCUGAGACUCCGUGUCUGGAGCCUGUUCUCAUUCUGACUGAGCAGAUUCUUAAUCAAUUCUCACACACACACUCACACACACACACACACACACACACACACAAAUCCUCACUAGGGGAGCUUGGGCGACGCAGUCGGUUACGUGGCCGGCACUGAGCCCAGGUCAUAAUCUCAGGGUCGUGGGGCUGAGCCCUGCAUCAGGCUCCCUGCUUGGUGGGGAGUCGGCUUCAGACCCUCCGUCUGCUCCUCCCCACACUCGUGUGCACACUUGAGCUCUCUCUCUCUCUCUGUCAAAUAAAUAACCCUAAAAAAAUCCUGCUGGUGAGCCCUCA